AAUUUUAUCGACAAUGAAACUCCCUUUGGCAUCUGGGUUAGCAUGCUGUCUCCUGAUCAUCCUCGUCAUCAAUGUCGAUGCACAAUGCGGCAUGGACGUAUUCGUCAACGUCUCCAUUGCAGAGGAGACCGUCUACAUGUUCGAAGGUUCCGAGAUCAAUACCACCAUCACCGUCAAUGAAGUCCUGGUCGAUGGCGUCCUGACCUUCAGGUCAUCCAAUCCGGCUAAAUUCAGGGUUAGGGAUGGUGAUGCAACGACCAUAUUGACAACGAGUGCAGUUGAUCUUCCCUUUAACAUCACCGUAGUCAUCGAAGGUCGAGCUAUCUCAAUAGAAAGCCUCGAAGUCCUCUUCAAACCAUCAGGUUCCGAUGAGUUGGUGGAGCUCGGCAAACAGACCAUUGGUGUCAAACGGAUACCACAACUUUUACAGGCAAUAUAUGUGUACAUCGUCUUGGCUUGGAUUCUACUCAGUUAUCUGUCGAUGGGAGGAAGCAUAGAUCCCAAGGAGAUUUGGAAGAAUGUUCGUCGACCUUAUGGAAUCUUAAUCGGUCUCUUCUGUCAAUUUAUCAUCAUGCCUGCGAUGACGUAUGUCAUUGCGCUCCUCUUUGCAGAGGACGAUGCUACGUCGGUUGGGAUUGUCUUGGUGGGUACGGCACCAGGUGGUUGGCUUAGUAAUAUCUUCUGUGCUCUUCUCGACGUCGAUUUGGUACUCAGCAUCACGAUGACCUUCUUCUCAUCUGUGAUCGCCCUCGGGAUGAUGCCUCUGAAUCUCUACAUCUACGCGACACCAUUCACCACGGAGAACCAAAGAUUAGUGACACCCUACUCCGAACUGGCCCAACAGCUUGCCAUCUUGGUUAUACCACUCUUCAUUGGCAUGGCUAUCUCAUGGAAAUUCCCGAAGUUCAAGAAAUUCUGCAAGAAGGUUGUGAAACCAAUCGCUAUGUUAUUAAUUGUUGUAGGCAUUGGCAUGGGCGUUCCAGCGGAUUUCUAUGCAUUUUCACAAUCUCCGGUCAAUAACUGGAUAGUGAGUAUCCUCAUACCUCUAUUCGGAGCGUUCUUCGGCCUGUCUUUCGCUCGUAUCUUCGGCCGUAAUAUCCGUACGUCCAUCACCAUCGCCAUUGAGACUGGCGUCCAGAAUGCUCUGCUAGCUCGAACCAUUGUCUUUCUCUUCUAUCCGAGACCAGAAGCUGAUCUUCUAGCUCGUAUCGCAUUAACUACAAUCUUAGUGACUUUACUCGAAGGCUCCUUCGCUACAUUCGUCUAUUACACGUUCAGGUAUAUAUUGUGCAGACGGCGAUGUGAGAAGAUGCUCACCGACGAUGAGCUGGAUGGCGAGAAGGCUAUAGCCGUAGACGACAUCGCAGCGACCGCGAUCGAUGAGAAUACCGACAACCGGAACGGAGCUGAGAAUGCUGCUUUUCAAUCAGAGGCCAAUAAAAAUGGCACUGAUCAGUGAAUAAUACCUACCUUAUGCCUCAGUCACACCUUUGCGUAUUUGGCAUGCGUAUUGCUCCGUUUUAAGAAAUAGGAAUAAAUGUUAAAACGGCUUGCCAUAAUUACGUAGCAAUAGUCCAGUUUACGGUUACAUCAGUGCGCAUGCGCAGACAUGGGCGCCAUUUUAAUACACCAGUUUACGGUUGUAUCCGUGCG